AUGGCUUUCAACAAGAAAUACGCUGGUCUUCCAGACCUGGAUCCCGCCCCAGAUAUCUACGAAACCCCUGACCUGACCGACGACGCAUCCACCAUCCCCCCCACUACAGUCCGCACCGAAUCCGAGCAUGACGAUGCAGACUCCAGCUCCGACAUUGACCGCGAAGGAGUCAACGCGGACCAGGCGCGUAUGCACUUCAUGGGUGCCGCAGUGGACGCCCGCGAGGUGAAUUUCUCCGACAGCAUUUCCACAAAACGCCAAGCCUAUCGCAGUAAGAGUAAGAGUCGGCGCCGGCACCGCAUGCGCGAAGAUGGCACCGAGGAGGUCGGCGACUUUAGUGAUAGCGAGGACGAGUCGCUGGAGCGGCGGCUGGCACGCCUGCGCAGAGAGGUUGAGGAAUUGAAGUUGGAGAUGGAGAACGAGCCGACUUCCGGCAAGGAUGAUACUGUCGAGAGUGGGACGGUUAAGGGUGUGUCUGGAGCUGAGAAACCGACGGAGGAUAAGUUGGGCGAUGGUGUAGCGGAAUUGAGCCGAGCCCUGGAUAAUCUGCAUGCAUCUUCGCGAGGUGGGCAGACUACUUCGCACUCUGCUGCUACUAUACUGUCUCAGAAACUUGGGUCUGAGAACAAAUCUGCCCUAGCUUCACAAUCGCAAAAGCUACAACCUCCGGCCGAUGGUUCAACAACAGUCACGACAGUUCCUCCACCAGCUGAGGCGCCAUCAGCAGGCAUUCUUUCCCAUGCAGCAGCUUUCGAGAGUAGAUUGGCGCUCAUUGAAGCUUCGAUGGGCAUCUCAAGCUCCUCGAACCCCUUUGUCGGAGAUGGCAUCAGCGAGCCUGCGCUGCAACCAGUGCUGCCGUCCCUAGAUCAGCUUACAUCUCGACUCUCAGCUCUCACCGGUCUUCUUGUGGGAACAAACCCCUCGGCCGGCGGCCCAAGUGCUGUUCCCGGUUUCACCACCCCUCAUCUCGAAGCUCUCUCCACACGAGUUCGUAAACUCACUACCGAUGCCGAAGCUCUUGCAUCAGCCCGCAGACGCGCACUCGAUGCUGCGAAAGCUGUUCAGACUGCGCGAAUUGCCUCUUCCGGCUCUGAUGCCGAUGCUGUCCCUACAGCGGACGGCUCCAACCCACCCGAUGACGACAAUGCUGCCAAGAUCCAGGCUCUCUACGCAACACUCCCCACCAUCCAGUCCCUGCACCCAUUGCUACCCAGUGUUCUUGAGCGUCUUCGUUCUCUCCGUGCGUGCCACGCGGGUGCCGCCCACGCCGCCGACUCGCUUGACGCGCUUGAGAAACGCCAGGCUGAAAUGAACUCGGAGAUCGAGCAAUGGCGCGAAGGCCUCACGGCCGUCGAGGAGAAAAUGCGCCAGGGUGAGGCUGCUCUCAAGUCUAAUGUCGAAACUGUCGAGCCCUGGGUACGCGACCUGGAAUCUCGCAUGGCACGCCUUGACGGCCCGCCGGGAUCCCUGUGA